GGUGGUUGACCGGGUGAUGGAGAAGGCAAUUCAACGGAUGGUAGAAGUUGGCAAGACCAAGAUGGGGGAGCGGGAGAAGAUGGUGAAGGUGGUGGAGAAGGUGGUGGAAAAUGUGGUGGAGAAGGUGGAGAAGAUCAUGGAGGAUCUGGCGAAGAUGGAGGAUGUGCCGGAGAAGAAGAUCGAAAGGAUGGUGGACCUGGUGGUGGAGGAAGGGCAGAAGCUGUUUGAGAAGAUGAUGGAGAAGAUGGGGCGGAUGGUGGAGGAAGAAGCUCGAGAUGCGGCAGUGCCGCCGGAGAGCUGCGAGCGUCAGCUGAAGGAGUCCAAGAAGGAGGUGGAUAAGAUGAAGCGGCAGAAGAAAGAGGAGGCCACGGCCAGGGAAGAGCUAGCGAAGAAGAAGGCGGCGGGGAAAGUGAAGUCCAAGGAUGCGGAGCCGUCGAAAAAGAAGAAGAAGAAGGCGCGGGAAGAGGAGUCGGAGAGUGAGGAGAGCUCGAGGGUGAAAUCGGAGAGUUCGGAGACCGAGGAGUCUGCAGCCGCCGCGCCGGUCAAGUCUAAAAAGUCGGCCGGGGCCAAGUCCAAGAAGGCGGCGAAGGAGGCAAAGGAGGAGGAGCCGCCGGUGAAGAAGAAGGUGAGCAAGGAGAAGGUGAUGGUGCCCCCGGUGAUGGAGGACGAGUUCCAGCGGUUGUACGACCAGUUGGUGGAGCGGGCGGGCGGCCAGUUGGACCUGGCUGGCUACCAGCGGCUGCUGGAAGAGGAGGGGUUCCCGACGGGCGAGGCCAGAGCCACCGAGGCCUUCCGGCGGUUGGAUGCUGACAGCGACGGGACGGUGGGGUUCCAGGACUUCCUGGUCGCUGCCACCGAUGCCCGCCUCUACAGCCAGUUCUUCUCGGAGCUGCCCAACACACGGGAGGACGCAGGCUUGCAGAAGGGCCUGGUGGACAACACGGUCUACUUUGAGAUCCUCUCCCGGCUGCUGGGCUCGCGCAUCAUCUCGGAGGACUCCACUGGCCGCAUCAUUGAGUACUUCUACAAGAAGAAGAAAGGCGCUAAGCUGAAGACCAGGAAGGAGAGCAAAGGUGCCUGCACCAGCAUCGUGGAGGGAACCUUCCUCGGAGUCUCCGUCUACAGCUUGCUGCAGUACCUGGACAUCCUGGGGCCGGAUGAGCAGUACAGGGAGGUUCCCCUGAAGCCCGAGCAGGUCACCGCCUUCAGGGAGGUCUUCCAGAUCUUCCCCACUGACGGGGAGGAGCGGAUAGACUUGCCCUGUCUCAGCAGUAUGAUGAGCCAGCUUCAAAUCCCACUGCGCAAUCCCCUGAUUGCGGACGAGGUGAAGUUCGCUGGGGUCAACGGCGGCCGCCCUGUCGACUUCCGGGACUUCCUCACCAUCAUGGCGGACACGGCCGUCUUCGGCCGCUUCCUGGACCCUCCCUACCCGGAGGCUGCUCACUCUCUGUCUCCCGAGGUCUUCCCUUUCGCCGUCCUGCUGAAGUCGGUGGAGUCGGGUCAGGUCGAGAACGAGACCAUGUCCGCCCUGGCAUUUUACUACCAACCCAAGCUGGAGAUAGUGCAACCGAAGCCCAAGAAGCAAGGCAGGCCCAAGUCCGCUCCCAAAGGUGCCGGCGCCGCUACGAGCCGCCCGCCCCCAGUCCUGGCUCCGGCCCCAGCUCCUGUCCUUGCCCCCGCUCCAGCUCCCACUCCCGCCCUCGCUCAAGCUCCGGCCCCAGCUCCAGCUCUAGCUCCAGCACCAGCACCGGCCCCAGCCCCAGCCCCAGCCCCAGCCCUAGCUCCGGCACCUGUUCCCAAACGCACCCCACCGCCACCCAGGCCCCAGAGGGUGGCCCGCACCAAGUCACCCAAGCCCAAGAGAUCGGUGUCGCCCAGCAAGGCGGCAAGGCCGGCCACCACGGGUAGCCAAGCUCUGCGGCAGAAGGCCAAGGAAAAGACCGACGAGUACACCCGCAAUGUCCUGGCCAACCGGCAGUACUACGAGAAGAAGUUCAGGCCCGUGAUGAGGAACCCCGCCUUCCACAACGCCUUCCGGGAAUACACGUGGACAUGGAGGGCCCCGUCGCUAGACCGGAGCUGCUCGGCACCCGCCAAGAAGAAAAGGGAAGAAAAAGGGAAAAAGGAGAAGUAGGCGUAACUAUUAGUGGCGAGCACACUCCUGGGGGGGAAAAGAGAAAAUGUCUGAGCCUCCUCCGAGCCUAGCCCCGAAAGGGAGGGGUGAGCGCCUCAAUUCGGUAAUGUAAAGGAUGGCUUCGCGGCCUUAAUGUGAAAUAAUAAAAGCAACCUCUC